UUAGAGUCAUGGCUUCCAGGCUUCUCUUGAAUUUCCUACUCCAAGUGGGAGUUCUUCUUUUCAUCCUAGGAUCAGCGAAUUCACAAGGAUUGCAAGUUGGAUUCUACAAGAAGACAUGUCCGAAUGUGGAGGCUGUCAUUAGAAAAACGACGGCUGAGUUCAUCCAGCUAGCGCCUUCCCUAGCAGCUCCAUUGUUAAGGAUGCAUUUCCACGAUUGUUUUGUUAGGGGAUGUGAUGGUUCCGUGCUCAUAAAUUCGACGGCGACGAACCAGGCAGAGAAAUCUGCAAUCCCAAAUCUAACCCUGCGAGGGUUCCAAGUGAUCGAUGCCGUCAAGGCUGAAGUGGAGAAAGCGUGUCCGGGGAUUGUUUCUUGUGCUGACAUUUUAGCCCUUGUGGCCAGGGAUGUAGUGAGUUUGAGCAUGGGACCAACUUGGCAAGUUCCGACGGGGCGAAGAGACGGACGGAUUUCAUUGGCCUCUGAAGCCUUGGCCAAUCUACCCCCUCCAUUCUUUAACAUCACUGAACUGAAAGCUUCCUUUCAACAGAAAGGUCUAUCUGUGAAGGACUUGGUAGUACUAUCAGGCGCCCACACCAUCGGCAUCGGCCACUGCACGUCAUUUGACAACCGCAUCUACAACUUCACUGGGAAGGGUGAUGUGGACCCCUCAAUGGAUCCCAAUUAUGUAAUCAGGCUACGGGCCUUAUGCCCAGAGGGGAAUGUCACUGACUUUGUGGAGAUGGACCCAGGAAGUUCGAAAAUAUUCGACACAGAUUACUACAAGGUCGUGGCGAAAAGAAGAGGCCUCUUCCAGUCUGAUGCUGCACUCCUUGACGAUAAUGAAACUAAAAUCUACAUUGGUCUCCAGAUCAACUCUUACAAUCCAAGCUUCUUCAGCGAUUUUGGAGUGUCUAUGGUGAAAAUGGGCAACAUCAGUGUCCUAACAGGCAAUGCUGGCGAAAUCAGGAAGAAUUGUGCAGUGAUUAACUGAUCAACGGCUAGAUUGUUCGAGUUGAUGUAAUCAUUUGAGGCAAUAAGCCAAUGGUUUGCGAGAUCUUCUACCAGAUAGAAGAUAUAUAGUCUGAUUCUAUUUUAUUUCUAUAUUUGUUUUCCAGUAUCUAUGAAUAAGAUUGUUGCUAUUUUGUAUUGUUAAUCGUUAUAUGAGUGAUGAAAUGUUAAUAAAAUGUGGAAAAGCUG